CGUCACGCACGCGAAACCGCGCGCCGGGUUCUCCCACUCGACGCCACACGCCGUCGACGUCCACGCGAACGCGAGAGGUCGACUCGAUCGCGCGGACGCUCAGCGCGAGAUCCGCUCGCUCGCGAGAGAACGAAAUUAAUUAGGGUACGGAGACGACGAGCGUGAUGAGCAUGCAGAGCGCGCUUCGAACGAUCGCGUCGCGGACGCUCAGAGGGGCGCAGCGGACGCAGACGCGGAAGAUGGGCGCGGGUCCGCCCGGGGGGUUCUGGGCGGAGGGCGCGCAGCCGGAGGGCCACGUGAACGGCCGUUUGUUCAACGAGACCCCGCCCCCGCCCGGACAGAGCAGGAAGUGGGAGAGCUGGGAGGCGCCGUGGUACCUCGCGUUCGGGACCGUGACCGUGAUGCUGGUUCUGGGGUUGAACAACAAGCCGAACACGUCGAGCACGGAGUGGGCGAAGGUUGAGGCGCAGAAGAGGCUCGACGCCGCGGAGAAAUGA